AUGAAAGUCAAGGCGAUUCCUUUACUUUACUCAUUGGUAGUACAUCUGCCGGUCGUUUGCUGGGCUGCACCAACUCUUUCUUCACCGAGUCCAGCGAGGCUACUCGUCCACAGCUCCUCGUCAGACACUUUGACUGACGUUCCAGAAAGCUCUGCCGAUGCACGUCCCUUAGCGGAUGCUGCCGCAACUAGACCUCCGCGAUUAAACAUGGCAACUGAUUCGGCUCGAGCCCGUAUCGUUAUUCCUCAGGCCUUAGCCACCACGACUUCUACUUCCCAUCCUUCUUUGCCUUAUGGACCAAGUACUGCCGUGUCUCGCCCAACCAAGAAGCUGAAAACUCUCGCAUCAGGCUUUCAAGCUGGAACUUCGCAGUCGAUCGGCGGCGGCGGAAUUCCACAAACCCCUUCUCGGCAGUCGAUGGGAUCUGUUCGUCAAGCUGUUCGAUCCAGACAAACAGGGCAGUGGCACCGGCCCUGGUGGAAUUGGUAUUGGACAAAUUAUCAUGGUCCCUGGCCCAAAGUAUUCCGAUCUCUGAAUGACUUUCCGAAUGACUACACGUCGACGCAGUAUUUCAAAUAUACCGCGAGGAUUCAGGCGCUCGAUACGAUCAGACGGUGA